AGAUUGGAUUAUCUAGAUGGUUGCUAUGGGCUUCCUCCUAAAGAUUUAAGGGUCAGUCCCCUCACCAAACUUUCCAUAAGUGAUUCACAACACACGGAGAGCCCUGUAGGCUUGCCCAGUCUCUACUUGCCUCAAAGUUCAGGAAGACACCUUCAGAGAGACUGUAGAGCCCACAUAGAAGAUCUGAGUGAAGAUUUCUCAGGCAUCAGUCUUCAAAAUCACUGCAGUUCCCCUGUCAUAUAUUCACACACCCAGAACCAUGUGAGUGAGGAUGAGGAGAGUCUAGAAAAGCCUAGUCCUCUUCGCUCUGACCUGGGAGAGAUUUCAUGCAGAUAUUCUCCAGCAAAACAGCCAGGAUUUUACGAUGAGUACCCACCAGAGGUUUUAUAUCACUGGCACAAGCAACCUGCAAAUUAUCCACAGCCCAAUUACCCACCGUAUCAUCCCGUACCUGAGCAUGCAAGGCCCAUCUCUAGACAAGUGGCAGUUGUGAGGCCCCCUCAAGUCACAUCCCGUCAGAGCACAGCGCCUGUGAGAGAGCUCAUGUCAGAAGUGUGUGUCCAGCCUUCCCAACCAGCUGCUGUCGGCCACCCUCAAACACUGAGACGCAACAUUAGUCUUCCUGAUGACUGCAGAGACAUUUUCAUAACAUAUUCUGUGGACACUGCAGCAGAGUUGAUGCCCUUUGUGAAUUUUUUGAUUAAUCAGGGAUUCAGACCUGCUAUUGAUAUAUUUGAAGACCGAGUUAGACAAAUGGACAUCAACAAAUGGAUGGACAGUUUUUUAAAAAAUAAGUCAGUGUUAAUCAUUGUAGUGAUCAGUCCAAAGUAUAAGACAGAUGUUGAGGGAGAUGGAUCUGAUCAACAUGGACUACACACCAAGUACAUACACACUCAGAUCCAAAAUGAAUUCAUUCUGCAGAGAUGUCUAAACUUCAGAUUGGUACCAGUGCUGUUUCCCAGUGCUAACCAAAGUCAUGUUCCACUCUGGCUACAGAGCACACGUCUGUACAGGUGGCCUGAGGAUGCUAAGGACCUGUUACUGCGUUUACUCAGGGAGGAAAAAUACAUUGUCCCUCCUCUGGGCAAAGAGCUGAUGCUCACUAUCAAACCCCUGUAAAAGUGAAUCUUGUGAAAUCAUGUCUAGUUCACAUUUCACCUCAAAAUCAAAAGAAAAGAUAAGAAAAUUAUAUUUUGUUCAAAUAUAUAUUUUGUU